GAUAUGACCACAGUGUCUGUGGAGUCCCUGGCGGUGAUGGUUGAUGGAGUACCUAAUGGCACUGAGACUCCAGUGCAGGCAUCUACUGAGGAUGUGGCUGCUACCUACACCAUCGGCACUAUUCUGUCCCUCAUGUGCCUUGUCGGUGUAUCAGGAAAUAUUUACACCCUAGUGGUCAUGUGCCACUCUAUGCGCUCAGCUGCCUCCAUGUACAUCUACAUCGUAAACCUGGCAAUGGCUGACCUACUCUGCCUGCUCACCAUUCCCUUUGUUGUGUGCACUCAUUUUUUAAAGGGAUGGUACUUUGGCGAUGUGGGUUGCCGGACUCUUAUCAGUAUGGACUUUCUUACCAUGCAUGCCAGCAUUUUUACUUUAACUGUCAUGAGCACAGAACGUUACUUUGCUGUGAUUAAGCCACUGGAUACGGUCAAACGAUCCAAGAGCUACCGUAAGGCCAUCGCUGUGCUAGUGUGGACAGCUUCACUAAUUCUAACGCUACCUAUGAUCACUGAUGUAGAGCUAAAGACGGAAAAUUCAAAGUUGAUGUGUCAAACCACAUUAAGUCCUCUUUCUUAUAAAAUCUACAUCACUUUCCUUUUCUGCACCAGUAUCGUGGCACCAGGAGUCAUCAUCGGCUACCUCUACAUUUGUCUGGCCCGUACCUACUGGAUCUCACAGACCGAGAACUUUAAGCAAACUCAGAAGCUGCCAAACCACAAAGUGCUUUAUCUCAUCUUCACAAUCGUCCUUCUUUUUUGGGCAUGCUUUCUUCCCUUUUGGAUUUGGCAGCUCCUGGGUCAGUUUAAGCCAGAAAUGGUUCUCUCAACCAAGGCCAGACGCAACAUUAACUAUCUAACCACCUGCCUGACCUACAGUAACAGCUGCAUCAAUCCUUUCCUCUACACUCUUUUGACUAAGAACUACAAGGAAUAUCUUCGCAAGAGGCAGAGAAGCUGGAGUUCGGGAAAUUAUUUCAAUAGGAGGAAUCGCUUUCAACGAUCACCGCGCCGCUCGCUGUCCACCAGCAGCCAGCAGUGCACAGAGAGCUUUGUGCUUACACACAUUUCCCACGCCAACAACAGCAGUCUGUAA